AUGCAGAUUGCUAAAGUUAUCCAUAGACGUUAUGUCAGUCCAGAUGAAGCUGAGAAGCAAGCAUUCAAUCAUGCUGAUGCAUCUAAUGAAGGAUCUUUAACAAAACAUCAAUACAAAAUAGCAAUGACGGCAUUGUUUGGUUACUCCCCUAAUAAACCGGAGAUAAAUUAUGUUUUCCGCUCUUCUUCAAAUAAAAAGAUUUCACUCAAGGAAUUCGAGUAUUGGGUAUUUAAAAAAUGUCCUAUAGGUCAGUCAACGAUUAGUUUAGAAACUAUAUUUGGUUUAAUAGAUAAUGAUAAUAAAGGAUAUUUGACAAUGACAGAUUUAUGGAAAGCUAGUGAAGUUAUUGACAUGAAAAUAUCACCAUCGAUAUGGUAUAAAACAUUUAAAGAAUUAGAUCAGUACCAAAAGGGAUAUAUUGAUUUGGCCGAGUUUAUAUACAUUUUCACUAAUAUCAAAAAUAAUAUUAAUCUUAGUUAUACAUAAUAAAUGAUUUAAUGCACUCAACAAUAUCAGAUGAUUCUAAUAAUUAUAAAUUAUUUAUGCACAUUUUUAUUCAUUAGAAAAAUGCCUUUUCUCACUGUAUUAUUCUUAUCUUCUCUUUCUCAGACUUACAUACGAAAAUAUAAUCCUAUAUUAACAAUAACAUUAUACUUUAUAAAUUAUUCCUUCACGUGCGAUCGUUAUUUAAUACUACCAAAAUAAUCAUAUACACAAGUAUGAUUAUGAUGUAGAUACUGAAAAAGUAUUUACAUUUACAGAUUCUAUAUCGCACGAAAUUUAUUCUUUGUCUGAAAACUCUUGA